AAAGCUCUGCAUCGCGUGCGCCUCGGAGACACACACUCACACCAGCUGCUACGACAUCACCGCCACAGUCUUUCAGUCUCGAGAGGAGAGGAUAGAGGAGAGCGGCGGAAAAUAGCUAUUUUAUGUAUUUUUUUCUGUUCUACGCGCACGCUUAUCACUCACUUUACUCUUGCUCUUCCUUCCCCGAGCAAUUAUAAUAUUCAACGUCUCCCGGGGGAAGACUGCAUAUUCACUUUCAGCAGUAAAAAGGAGCUCGCUUUUCUCUUCAUCUGCGGGGUGUCAUUCAGCAGCGGUCCUAGAGGAGUGGCUUUGUGGGAUAUGGCCCAAUAGCAGCAGCCCGUGAUGCCGGACCAUGACAGCGACUCCCUCCUGAGCAGACAGACCAAGAGAAGACGUGUGGACAUCGGUGUGAAGAGGACAGUGGGCAGCACCGCCGCCAACACAGCAGCAGCUACAACCAGCGCCGACAUUGCCUGCGCCAAAGCAGCCAUCUUCAGUGCCAUGAACUCUCUCAACUCCCACCACCACAGCUCCGACGCAGACUCCACAGACUGCUCCAUGGUGCAGCCACACGGCCCCACUGGGGUCGUCACAGCAACCGACAGCGACUCCAAGUCCAACGUGCUCCGGAAGCUCCUGAAGAGAGCCAACUCGUACGAAGAUGCCAUGAUGCCCUUCCCUGGUGCCACCAUCAUCUCCCAGCUCCUCAAGAGCAACAUGGCCAAGAAUGGAGGAGGAGAGAGAGGAGAGAGAGGAGAGAGAGGGGAGAGGGGGGAGAGAGGAGAGAGAAGAGACGGGGGGUUCCCCGGGUCGGGCCUCUCAAGUGGGGGUUCCGAAGCCCCCCAGGAGGACGCCUGCAGUAACUCGUCUCAGGACAGCCCCCAAGAGUGCCUCUCCCCCUUCGGCCGCCCCUCGGCUCUGGGUGCCUUCGACCUAGAGCGCCUCAACGAUGAGCACCUGCGGGCCAAGCGCGCCCGCGUGGAGAACAUCAUCCGAGGCAUGAGCCACUCGCCCAGCGUGGUGGUGCCCGCACGCCAUCACGGAGAGCGGGACCGUGAACGGGAACAACGUGAACGGGAGAGGGAGCGAGAGAUGGACGGGAACAGGGAGAUGGAGAUGGACUGCCCCCCACAGCCGCCUAGCCCCAGGGGAGAGGUGUGCAGCCGGGAGAACAAGAGGAAGCAGCGCCUGCCCCAGCAGCAGCAGCAGAGCUUCACCCAGCUGGUAUGCCAGCGUAAAGAGCAAAAGCAGGAGGAGCGCAGGCAGCUGAAGCUGCAGCUGGAGGACAUGCAGAAGCAGCUGCGCCAGCUGCAGGAGAAGUUCUUCCAGAUCUAUGAUUCCACCGACGAUUCUGAGCACGACCUGGCUCACGACCUGGGCAACAUGUCUGAGGACAGCGCCGGGAGGUCCGAUGCUGGGGGAGAUGACCGGGCAGACCGCUCCGACAACGAGAUGUCAGACCUGGACCCAGGACACUUCCUGGACCGGGCCAGGGCAUUGCUCCAGGAGCAGGCCCUGCUGGCGGAGGGUAACAAGCCCAGGAGAGAGGGGCUGGUCCGGGGGAAAGGUCCUGGUCAGGGUCCUUCCUCCUCCAUGCACCAUGCGGAGGGCAAGCAGCUGGCUGAGACGCUGAAACAGGAGCUCAACUCAGCCAUGAACCAGGUGGUGGACACGGUGGUCAAGGUGUUCGCCAAGCCCCCACGCCCCGCACCCCCCCAGGUCUUCUCGCCCCUCCCCAUGCCCCCAGAGAGGUUCGGGGUCAACGGUGAGGGCCCCAACUUCCACACAGCCAACCAGCGCCUGCAGUGCUUUGGUGACGUCAUCAUUCCCAACCCCCUGGACUCGUUCGGUGGCAUGCCCAUGCCUGGCGCCAACGACCAGACAGAGGCGCUGCCCCUAGUGGUGAGGAAGACUCAGACAGAACACCAUCACCAGUCCUCAGCUGUGGGCGCCCACGGGGGCCACCACCACCCUUCCCUGCACCCCUCCUCCCUCUCUGCCUCCAUGGGAUUCAGCCCCCCGUCUUUCCGCCACCCCUUCCCCCUGCCUCUCAUGGGCUACCCGUUCCCGAGCCCCCUGGGCCCACCCUCCGGGGGUUACCCAGGGAAGGACCACUCCUCCCCAGACUCCAUGGACCUGUCCAGGGAGACCACCAGCCUGCGGACCAAGAUGUCUUCAGUGCAUCACAUGGGGCACCACCACAGGUCGCUCUCUCCCAGCCACCCCGGGAGCACCGCAGAGGGGCUCUCCCUGUCCCUCAUCAAGUCAGAGUGUGGAGACAUGAGCGACAUGAACGACAUCUCACCAUACUCAGGCAGCACCAUUCAGGAGGGUCUCUCCCCCAACCACCUGAAGAAGGCCAAGCUCAUGUUCUUCUACGCCCGCUACCCCAGCUCCAACAUGCUCAAGAUGUUCUUCUCCGACGUCAAGUUUAACCGCUGCAUCACAUCCCAGCUCAUCAAGUGGUUCAGUAACUUCCGAGAGUUCUACUACAUCCAGAUGGAGAAGUUUGCCCGGCAGGCCAUCAACGACGGUGUCACCGGGGUGGAGGAGAUGAGCGUCAGCCGUGACUGCGAGCUCUACCGAGCCCUCAACAUGCACUACAACAAGGCCAACGACUUUGAGGUUCCAGAGCGGUUCCUGGAGGUGGCUCAGAUCACGCUGCGUGAGUUCUUCAAUGCCAUCGUGGCAGGCAAAGACGUGGACCCAUCCUGGAAAAAAGCCAUUUACAAGGUGAUCUGCAAGCUGGACAGCGAUGUGCCCGAGGUCUUCAAGUCACCCAACUGUCUCCAGGAGCUUCUACAUGAGUAACCAUCCCUGCUCCGCCUCCGUCCCCCCCCCCCCGCCCGACGCUUUCUGCUUUUUCAGAUUUUCAUAUUUUUAUUUCUUUCCCUAUUCUAUGAUUUUCCUGUUUUUUGGUUGAUGUAUGAAGUAUGAAGUAGCAUUCCGCCCCAUCUGAAGCCUCCUGGCCUGUUCCUAAAUGAUCUAACUAUUGUGUUGUUGUUAUUCCCAUGAUUAGGAUUAUUAUUUGUUUUUGAAAUGAUUCUGCUGAUCUGAAGAGACGUUGAUCCUAUUGGGUGUUUUGGACUGUGUGAACCCUGACCUUUCUGCCCUGAUUGACUAGAAACACUAGGGAGGGAUCCCCACUAUGCGCAGGGAGGGGCUUCCCACUAGCCUGUACCCUACCUACUCUAAGGAGGACCCUACAAUCCUAGUGUGGUCACCAAUAAGACUUUGGCCACUACACUACAGAGGGGCCCUAUGUUACUGGGGUGCUCAAUAGGCUCACCCCACUGUGCAAGGUUGCUCCCUAAUAGGUGGUUCCCACUACUAUGGCUGUCCCAGGGAGGACAACACACUACACCAUGCUGCCUGCAGCCUAAUGACUUUAUUAACUGCUGGACAAUACUGGACUACUAGUACUGGUCUGGACUGGUAUACUGGUCUGGACUACUAGUACUGGUCUGGACUGGUAUACUGGUCUGGACUACUAGUACUGGUCUGGACUGGUAUACUGGUCUGGACUA